AUGGCUUCGGACAGAGCGACAACCGUCAGCAGGACGCGGCGGCAGCGUUGCAAUCUGCUUGCGGGCAGAUGCCCGCCCACCCGUCGCAACCUCAACCUGCCCGAGAAAACGGCAACUCGGCGUGAUCACCACGGUACCAUCCCGCCGCUCCGUCACCUCCUCCCUCUCCUCCUCGCACUAUGUCUCUUGCCCCCCUCCGUCCUUCCCGCAUCCGCGAAUCCUUCCUCUGAGGGCGGCCAGGACGGGAGGUUAAAUCCAUCCGCCGCCUCCGCCGCUGCCGCGGUUUCGAGAAUCGCCGCAGCAGAAGAAGGCACGGGAGCUCUCACCGCUUCUCGUGGCGCGGCGACGUUGGGAGCCGAGUCGCGGACCGCGAGUGUCCGAUCGAAGCUGAAUUCGACAAAGCCAGUCACAGAUCCAUCAAGAAACUCCCUAGACGAGGAGCUACCAGCAGACUCUGGGAGCGGGAAGAGGGAGCGAGCAGCGGCAGCGGUGCUGGCGGUGAAUAUCACGUCGGCGCCGUCGGAGCGCAGCGCGGGCAGCAACGCGUCGUUCCGGUUCGCGGCGUUCUGGUUGCCGACGGGAAGCCCUUGCAGUAACUGCUCCUACGCGUGCUCGAUCGAUGGCAAGCCCGCCACCACGUGUAACAGGGGCCACAAGCGAUACUCCGCGCUCGAAUCGGGGGAGCACACCUUCCGCGUGCGCGCCACUGCGCCGCCCUCGUCUCUCCGCGGAAACUCCGCAAAUGGCACCGCUGCUGCAGCCUCCCCUGCUGCUGCGGCUGUCAGUUCGACUGCGUCGCACACGUUCGUCGCAGACCCGUCGUGCCUGGUACCAGCGGAGAUCACCGCCGUGCCCCCGACCAGCCUCAACGCGUCCACGCAGAUCCUGCUCAACCUCUCGCGCCCCUGCCUCGGCCUCUUCUGCUCCUCCAGGAGCAAUUGCUCGAUCGUGGUUCGGGGCCCGGCUGAAUUUGUCCUGGGAGUUUCCAGGAGAUCGUGGUUCGGGGCCCAGCGGAAAUCGUCCCGGGGAGUUUCCAGGAGGUGGUGCCCGGGCUGCGCUACACAGCACGAGUGGCUGUGCCUCUUCCCCACCGUCCACCAUCCCCCCCAACCUCACUUCCCCCACUCCCCCCCCCCCCACUCCACGCUUUCCCUUGCGCUGCUCCCGCAGAUCGUGGUUCGGGGCCCAGCGGAGAUUGUCCCGGGGAGUUUCCAGGAGGUGGUGCCAGGGCUGCGGUACACAGCACGAGUGGCGUUCACAGCCAAGUACGGCCGCGUGAUCGUGCGCAUGCCCCGAGAGGCCUGCAUGGUCCGUGCCACCCUGGGGCAAGUCACGGAUGGCGACGCUGCUGCUGCUGCUGCUGCUGCUGCUGGUGCUGGUGCUGGUGGUGGUGGUGGUUAUGGUGGUGGUGAGGGUGCGAAUGGUGGGGCCAGUCGCAGUAUUCGGAUUGCAGACACGCGGUUGGCUCCUAACGACCUGAGGCCGCGGUUGAAUGGGACGGCAGGGGGAGGCGGAGAGGGCGGAACCGGAGAGGCGCAAGGGGAGGGGGAGGGGGGAGUAGCGGCAAUGGAGGAAUGGGGGGAGGAGCAGCUGGUGGAGUCGUGCUCUUCUGCCUCUUUGAAGUUCCGAUACGGUAGACCAGCGCGACCUCAAGACCAGCGCGACCUCAAGGUGCGAAUCACCCCCGAUCUGGACCCUACGCCCGUGUUCUUCCACGGGAAGCCGCGGCCGUUCUACACCGCUCUGCACCCCUCCGACGUGCGGUUCCUGGUGCGGCUGCAGACGGCGGCGGAUGGGCUGGAGGGCGCCGUGAGGGGCGCGGGCGUGGUGCGGGGCGGGAGGAUAGAGCGCAUUGAGGCGAUCAGCAGGAAGAAGCUCCGCGUGUGGGUGAACGAAACCCGUUUCCCCUUCUGCUCCCUCCCUCGUGUUCAUUCCAUCCAUUCUCACCCGCAGGUGACUCCCACUGCGGCCGUCUCGCUCGUGUCUCUCGCCCUGCCUGAGGCUGCCCUCACCAAUGAAUACGGGGCCGUCAGCCAUGCGUCCUCGCCUGGGUUCAUCCUCUAUGGUAUACUCCGCCUCACGGCGCUCUCCCCGUCUCACGUGCUGGUUGCGCCCAUGGGGGAAGCAGUAGCACGCGUGCUGGUGGCGCUGACGGCGCCAGUGCGUGCAUUCACCGCCGCGAGUGUGAGGGUGGCGGGCGCUGCUGUUGUCGGCAUCUACCAGCGGUCGCUGUUGGAGAACGUGGUGAGCAUUCAGCCGAGCGGAGCGGGCGAGGCGGCGUCGAUCCAUGUGCCUGCUGGGGCGCUGCAAGGCCCGUGCAACCGCAGCAACGAGCAGGCGUCCAACACUCUCGCCUUCGUGCAGUACGAGUCACCAGCAGCAGCGUCGGUGGUGUCAGGAGUCACAACAGCAGCAGCAUCUCUCUCCAUGGCCGCCUCCGCGCUGCUUUCCCUCUCCUCCUCCGCCCUCGCCCUCUCCGGCCAUGCUACCACUGCCACCUCCGCCGCCUCUGCUGCGCUGCUCGCCGUGCCCUCUCGCAGUCUCCUGAACAUGGCGUUUCAUCUGCAGGCAAUGGCGCUCUCCUCCUCCCUCGCCACCGAUCUCCCGCUCACCUUCUCCCAAGCGGCACACAACCUGCUCUGGAUCGUACCCUCCGCCAAGCUCCCCUGGUCUCAAGAUCUCAACCCGCACAUGCUGCAGAAUCCUGCUGUAGCUGGUGGUUUUGCUGCUGGUGCUGCUGGUGGUGCUGCCUCUGGUGGUGGUUUUGGAGAGAUAGAGGGACCAGCUAUGCAGAUUCCCAAAACGGGAGCAGAGGCAGGAGCAGGAGCAGUCGCAGCAGCAGGAGCAGGAGCAGCAGCAGCAGCCGCUGCAGUUGAAGCCCAUAGAACCGCAGUCAACGCCUCUGAAUCCUCCCCACUUUCGGCUUCAUCCACGUCUUCCUCUUCUCCCUCCUCUGCCCUCCCUGUGACUGUUCGUAUCGGUGAAGCAACAUACGCGAGCGAGUCUGGACACGCAGAUAACACUUUUCCCGCGCGAAGCCCGCACACCAGGAGGCUGCUGGGAAGGGAUGGAAGGGAUAGCAUAGGGAAUGAUGGAGGAGAAUCGAAUGGGGACCUCCAGAGAGAGAUGGGCGAUCUAGGAGGCGGUUUCAGGGGUGAUGUGAGUGAUGCAACUGAUGCAACUGAUGCGUUGAGACGUGAGUUAGGAAGCGAAUCUGGUGGGUCGGACUUGGUACGGCAUUACAUGAAGGGGAGGGGUGCCAAACGGCCGUCAGGGGGUACUGGUGGUGGUGGCUUUGAAGACCCUACUGCUGGCGCUGCUGCUGCUGCUGCUGCUGCUGCUGCUGCUCAUGCACGUGCUGUCAAUGUUGCAGAUACCCCUGCUGUUCCUGCUGUUGCUCCUGCUGCUGUUGUGAAACAAGCUUCACCUCAGCAGGCUCCUGCGAACAGGGUGGCAGGAGACGAUGCGAUGAUGACAGGGAGCGAAGAGGAGGAAGGGGACGAAGAGGAGGAGGUUGACGAGGUGGAUGAGGAGGGAGAGGAUGGAGAGGAGGGAGAAGUGGAGGGGGUGCAAGGCCUGCCCACUCCCGCUUUCACCAGAGGUAGUGGUGAUGGUGGCGAUAGCGUGAGAGACAGAAAUGGUGGCGUUGUUGUUGCUGUUCAAGGGGGACGCAGGGAGCAUGGAGGAGGGUGGUUGAAUGGGACGGAUGGAGAAGCGAAGAAUCGCAGUAGUGGCAGUGAAGAGGAGAUGAAGGCGGAUACCAGCUACCUUACAACCACAGAAUACAGAGACCUUCAAAAGGAGCUUGAAGCGGUUGCGGCGGGCGCUGCUUCGUACUGGGACGAGGCUGCCUCCGAGGCUCACAGCAACCUCAUAUGGACUAAGGCCAUGGAGAUUCUCUUCUGGACCGCCAUCCUCAUCUCCUCCUUCAUCCUCCUCCACCUCAUCUCCCUCCUGCUCCUGCCCAAGCCUUCCUCUUCCCUCUUCUCCUCCUCCUCCUCCUCUUCCUCCUCCUCCGCUGCUUCUCACUCCGCCACACCCCCCGCGUUCUCCUCCCCUCCCCCAAGCACUCCGCUGCCCUACCUCCGCUCGCCCUACGCCUUCCCCUCGCCCUACUCCCGCCACUCCCGCUCCCCCGCUUCUACCCACUCCAGCCCCGGCCUCUGCUCCUCCCCUUCCCCCCCCAAGAAGCGGAACAGCGCUUCCCCCGCUUCCAGACGCGCCUCUUCCGCCUCCCCGCCCCCCUGCGCCUCCUCCCCCUCGCUGCCCUCGUCCCCCGCGCCUCCCUCCGCGCAUCUGCUCUCGUUCCCGCGCCCGGAGGUCGUGCUGGGGGUGUUUCUGCUGCCCGCGCUCUCCUUUUCCAUGGCUACUCUCUUCCAAGGCACGGCUGCAGCGCAGCUGGUAGUGGCAGUGGUGCUGCUCUUGCUGCUCGCUGCUCUCCUGCUGGCCGCUCUUCGCUUCGUCAUCGCCAUCUUUGCUAGUGCAGGGCGGCCCCUCGUUGUGUACGAGGAGCGAGACACCAAGGCCCUUUCCCACCACUCCUGCCCUCCUCCCUCACAGCACCUCCUCUCCCGCUUAUCAAGCCUGCUCCUGGGUCGUCAUAACCGACUCGCCCACAGCAGCCGCUCCUUGGUUCUUCUCCGCCCCAGCGCGCCCCUCCACAGUGUCACGAGCCAAGGGGCGACUGCGCACACUGCACCUGCUGGCAGACCUCUCCCACCGCACUGCUCUGGGUGCUCCCCUGUCGUCAUAACCGACUCGCCCACAACAGCCACAGCCACAGCAGCAGCUCCGUGGCUCUCCUCCUCCGCCCCAGCACGUCCCUCCACGGUGUCGCGAGCCAAGGGGCGUCUGCGCACGCUGCACCUCCUGGCGGACCUCUCCCACCGCAUUGCACUCGGCGCGCUGCUGGGAGCCUUCCCCCUGCACUCCUCCUCGUCCCACGCCGCCUCCUCCCAGGUCAUAGCCCUCCUCGUGCUCUCCUCGCUGCACCUCCUCUUCCUCCUCCUCGUCCGCCCCUUCAUCUCUCGCCUCAUCCUCGCGACAGAGUCGCUCUCCCACGCCGCCUACAUCGCCCUCCUCUCCCUCGCCCUCGCUUUCAUCUCUCUAGACCCAUCUGCAAACCCCACUGCGUGCCAGCCCGGCUCUUCCUGGGAUAUAGCCAUGGUAUCAAUGCUUGUGGUUACUGCGGCUGGACAGACCGUGACCUUCUGGUAUGGGAUAGUGGAGCAGGUUAGAGCCCUGUGCCCUGGUAAGGCGCUUGGGCCGUCAAGAGGAGGAGGAGGAGCAGGAGGAGUAGCAGGAGGAGUAGCAGGAGCGGGAGGAGGGGUGGUGGGGGUUCGGUCGAAGAAGCUUCUGACUGCUGGGCCUGGUUCUUCUCCUAAGACUUUCUCGCCGUCCUACUCCCUCCCCACCUCCUCCUCCUCCUCCCCCUCCGCGUGCUCCCCCUUGCCCUCUGCGGUUGUUCAGUUCUGGGAGGGGCUGAAGGCUGUGUGGCAGGGGUUCGGGCUGCUGCUGCCGGUGGCUGUUCGUCCGUGGCUCGGGUGUGGGAGCAAGAGGGAGAAGGAUGAGGAGAGAGGGGGUGCGGCGGAGGAGAUGGGGAAGCAGUCGCUGGUGGCGAAUGAUGGGUGUGCGGUUGAGAUUAGUAAUGGGAGUAGCGGUGGGGAUGGGGAGGGAGGGAUGGGAGGGGCGGGCGGGGUGGGAGAGGAAGAGGCAGGGGUGCAGGAAGGUGAAGAAGGGUGUGAAACUGCUGAGGGGGUGGAGGGCCAGGGAGGGGGAGAGGCGGGCGACGCAAUGACUGUAGCUGCUGAUGGGUCUGGUGGUGCUGUUGCUGCUGCUGGCGCUGCUGUUGCUGGCACUGCCGCUGCUGCUGCUGCUGCUGUGGGGAUCUUUGCGGUAGCAGGAGGAGGCAGCGGAGCAGGAGGAGGAGCAUCAGAGGAAGGCUACAGGACCGAGCGUGCAAGCACGUACACAUCUUCUCCUAGUGUGGCAGCAGGCACAGGCACUCUCACAGCGUCUGCUAGCAGAACGAGCAUGGCUAGUGCACUCUCCCACAACAGCCUACCCACCACCACCGCUGCUGGCACCGCCACCACCACUGCCACCGCCACCAGUGGUAACCAGGAGGAUGUUCUUAGGAGCAACACCAACAACACCAGCAACGCGAACGGGAGCGAGGCUAGCACGGGGGUCUCUUUUACUGACUGGGCUACUGGAUCCCAUACAGACGGACUCACUAUAAGCUCGAUGGCUGGCUCCUGGGGCUGGUCAAAUGGCGGCCCGAAUGGGUCGACCCCGCUUAGUAACAGGGUGUUUAGUGUUUCGCGCAGUGCCGGGCUAAGUGCCGCGUUUAGUGGUGGGAACAUGAGGGUGGGGAGUGUGGGAGCAGGUGGAGCAGGAAGGGCUGCUGGUGGGGUGAUAGGAGGAGCGGGUAUGGGGUUUAACAGUCCUGGGUUGGUUGCAGGUGGGUCUGAAAAGGGACCUUCUGCUCCUGCUCUCUGGGCGAGUACCCAUAGCCCUCUGCCGGCUGUCAGUCCUGUGAUUUCACACAGCAUGGAUGGUUCAGGAGGAGCCUAUUCCGGCAGUGUGGCUGCCGCCGCUCCUAGGGCUUAUUCAGUCAGUAGGCAGCAGAACGUCCCACCAGCAUUCGCUGCUGCUGCUGCUGCUACUGCUGCCGCUGCUGGUAAAUCAGGAGCAGCAGGAGCAGAGGCAUCUCACGGGGCGUCAGAGCUGCACAGAGAGGGAUCGGAAGCGAGCUCCUUUGUUGCGGGAUCUACCCUGCCAGUGUCCCCUGUGACACAGAGCAGAUGGCCAGAGGCCAAGCCUUCCCUCUGGGCCUCCCUUCUCGGGCUCACUGGCGUGAAGAAGACUGCUGCUGCGGUUGCUGCUGACGCUGCUGGCGCUGACGCUGCUGCUGCUGCUGUAGCUGUUGGUUCUGAUGGUGCUGGGGCUAAUGGUGCUGGUAGUGGGGCAUAUGGAGUGCCGGCAGGAUUGGCUGCUGCAGGUACAGCUGCUGCUGCUGCGGAGGCGAUUCAUCCGGCUGCUGCCUUCCCUGCUGGGAGUGUGAGUGUAGGAGUAGGGAUAACUGAGGGCGGUCAAGCAGGUAGCGUGAUGGAGGAGGGAGGAAUAGGAGGGACAAAAGAGAGUGUGGCAGUGAUAGCUGAAGUGAAGAGGGGUGAGGUUGGGACAGAUGGAGAGACGGACGAGGGGACACGGGGAGUGGGAGAAGGAGGGAUGAGUGUGGAAGGGAGGGUGGGGAGUGGGAGGAGCGGGAGGGCUGGAAGCCUCCAGGUUUGGAGCCAAGCCUCUGGCGGAGGCUCGGGAAGUAAGAGGCAGGGGGAGAAGGACGGGGGUGUGAUGGGAGAGGAUGUGGAGGAGGGCGUGGGGAGUACAGGGGAGCCUUUUGGGGUGGGGGGGAGAAGGGAAGGGGGAGUUUGGGGCGGGAAGAUGGUGGUGGAAGAGGAGGAAGGAGGGGGUGCUGUGGCGUGCAGUGCGGUGGGCGGGGGUGGUGAUGGGAGGAAGCGUGGAGUGAGGUCAUCCGAUGCGAGUGUGGAGGUGAAGGGAGGGAAUGUGAGGGAUGGUAUAGCAGGAGAAGACAUGGGAACGGCACCACGGAGUGCAGAUGGUAUGGUUGGUGCUGGCGCUGCUGCUUAUGCUGCUGCUGCUGGUGUUGCCGGUGCUGCUGGUGCUGCUGGUGCUGCUGGUGCUGCUGGUGCUGCUGGUGAUGGUAACCCGCGGGAGGUGGUGGAUGGGAUCUUGGCAGCAGCAGCAGCGCUCUAUGAGGAGAGGCACACUGGUGGGCCAGCUCCUGUAUCCCCCUUGCCUGCUCCCUCCCUCUCUGCUUCUCCCGCUCCUCCUGCAGCAGUGGGAGCAGCAGCAGCAGCAGCAGCAGCAGCAGCAGCAGCAGCAGCAGGAGCAGCAGGAGCAGCGGGAGCAGCAGCAUACGCAAUUGUGCAGCCGCAUGCUUCCACGAUGCCCACUCCUGAGGCAGUACGCAUGGGCUCGGCACACAGCAAUCCUGCUGCUGUCGGCAAGUAUCCGUUGCGCGAGUCCGUGGGGCAAAACGUCGACGGCGAGGAGGUGAAGUCGGCUCGUAGCAGCGCCGCACUAUCCGUCUCUGCUGCUGCCGGUGCUGCUGGUUCUGGUGUGCGUUCUGGUGGCGGUGGCGGUGUGUUUGCUAAGGGGCUAUCAACAUCGUCUUCUGUCAUGUCUGCUGCCUCUGCUGUGGGAUCUGCCGCUCCUCCUGCUGUUUCUGCUGCUGCUGCUGCUGCUGCUGCUGCUGCUGCUGCUGACUCUGCUGGUUUGUCUUCCCCAACUGCCGCUGCUCCUGCUUCCGUCACGACUGCUGCUGCACUUGUCCCUAGUCCAUUCGCCACGUCCCUGGACUUCAGCUUUGCAGGGCAGGGAGUAAGACAAGCGAGUGAACACCUGCCGCAACUGGUGCAAAGAAAGGAGUAUCGAGGGGAGCAGCAGCAGCAGCGGGAGUCUCUGGAUAGCCCUGGAGCAGAGGCGUAUGGGCGAGCUAGGGCAGGGAACGGGAGGAGGGAAGGGUUUGGAGGAGAAGGUAGUGCUGCGUGUGAUGGUGCUGCCAGUGGGACAUCCUCUCAUGUGUCUGCUCGUUCUGCUGCUGUCAUUACUGCCCCUGGACUUGCUCCUCCGCCUCCUCCUGCUGCUGUUGCUGCUGCCAUGGGAAGUAAAGGGCACAGGAGCAUUGGAGGAGGGUUUGCUAUGGCGCAUCCUAGUGUGGGAUCUGGUGCUGCUGCUGCUGCUGCUGCUAUCGGCAGUGGUGCCGCCAGGAGUGGGAGGAGUGGUGGUGGAAGUGCAAAGGGGAGUGGUGGGGGGAGCGGUGUGAGGGGUGGGGUGACGACUGCCAAUCACGAGAAGCUUCAGGAAGCAGAACCAAUUAGCGAAUACCUCCUCCCGCUCGGCCCGCCUUUCCGCGAUCUGCGCGACUUGAUGGCGCGCACUGCGUGCGCCUGUCUCCCCUGCAGCGGCCCUUCUUCCGCCGAAUCCGUCUCACUAGCAGCCCGCUCUGCCGCGUUUACUUCCGCCGGCUCUCCCCCGCGUGCCGCCGCGGGGGCUUCCGCUUUCCUCGCUCCCCCGGUAACGCGCGAGUCGCUGCAUUUCCGCGUCGCGCCGUCGCAGAGCGCGUGGCUGCGGCAGUCGCAGCAGCAGAGCCGUGCGAUGAGCUCUUCCGCUCGUGCGACAGGCCCUGUCGCAUCCCAGUCGUCCGCAGCAGCCGCAGCCGCAGCUGCUGCGCGGAUGGGGGGAGGGUCGGGGGGAGGAUCAAGGGUGGGGGCGGUGGCGGGAGCUGUGGUGGGGCCAGCAGCGGGAAUAGCGGAAACGGCGGGCGGAGCGGUUGUAGCGGACGCGCCUCCUCUGAUCCAUCCGAACGCUGUUGUGCAUCCUGAUGCUAUGAUUCGGGAGGGUGUGGAGAUUGGGCCGUUCUGCACUGUUGGCCCCCAUGUGACUAUAGGGAGGGGUUGUAAGCUGCUGCCCGGGUGCCACGUGGCAGGGAACACAACAAUUGGCGAGUUUUGCACGCUGAUGAGUGGAGCAGUGGUGGGAGCAGACCUACCAGGCACGACGGUGAUCGGCAGUCACAACAGCAUUGGAUACCAUGCCACUGUGGGCGUCAAGUGCCAGGACCUCAAAUACCAGGAGGGCAGUGAGUGCUUCCUGGUGCUGGGCUCACACAACGACAUUCGAGAGCACGCUCAAAUCCACCGCUCCUCCAAGCCCGACGAUGCCACUAUUAUCGGGGACUGCAAUCUAAUCAUGGGAUCAUGCCACGUGGCACAUGAUUGCAAGCUGGGCAACCGCAACAUUCUCGCCAAUGGCACGCUUCUUGGGGGGCAUGUUGUGCUGCAUGAUUUCGUGCACACAGGGGGCGCGGUGGCAGUGCAUCAGUUCUGCCACAUCGGCUCCUACUCCUUCCUUGCUGGAGGGUCCAUGGUGGUGCGCGACGUGCCGAUAUACACCAUGGUGGCGGGCGACAGGGCGGAGCUCAGAGGGCUGAAUCUCGAAGGGCUCAGGCGCUGCGGCUUCUCCACCGACCAGGUGCGCAACGUGCGGCGGGCCUACCAGCAGCUCUUCCUCUCCUCCGAUGCCGCCUCAGGCCUCGAGGACCGUCUCAACCAGCUGGAGGCGAGCGAGCUAAUGGCUGACCCCAACGUGGCUGCCCUGCUCACGUCUGAGGCGAGCGAGCUAAUGGCUGACCCCAACGUGGCUGCCCUGCUCACGUCUGAGGCGAGCGAGCUAAUGGCUGACCCCAACGUGGCUGCCCUGCUCACGUCUGAGGCGAGCGAGCUAAUGGCUGACCCCAACGUGGCUGCCCUGCUCACGUCUGAGGCGAGCGAGCUAAUGGCUGACCCCAACGUGGCUGCCCUGCUCACGUCUGAGGCGAGCGAGCUAAUGGCUGACCCCAACGUGGCUGCCCUGCUCACGUCUGUCUCUGCCUCAUUGCAUAGUAAUACCCCCUUCCACCCUUCCACCCCACCUCUCCCUCCCCCUACAUCAGGAGGCGAGCGAGCUAAUGGCUGA